AGUAUUUUUUGGAAGAAACCAUUAUUUUGGGAUAUUUUGGGGUGAGCAAUAUUCAAAGACCUAACGAAACAGCCGCCGGCGACCACACUCCGAGAGAGUCUCACAGCCUAGACCAAUGGGCAGCGGCAAGGAGAAGAAGGCCCUUUCAGAGACUCGUAAAAAGCAAAAGAAAAAGAAAGAGUUGUCCCUGCGGCCUAAGCAAUUGAAGACCAAGAAGAAAAACAAACGCAAUGGGAAUGAAAAGGAGAUGGAGAAUGAGAAGACUAAUACCAGUACCGGAAAAAAGGGAAACGGCGUCAUUCAGAGCCCAACAGUUUCUGAGCAGCUCGACUUCUUUAUUCACCAAUACCAAUCUGCCAACCGCGUUCAGCUUUCUUCUCUUGAGCUCGAAUCCUUCAAAGAUACUUGCAUGGUUGAACUCCUCCGAGAUGAAACUAACAACACUAGAACUCUUGGAGAGAUUAUGAAGUUUGCUUUUGGACCUUCAUGGAAUUCUCUUCUCUGUAAAAAUACACUUGUAGCUGAGAAAGUUGAACCUGGCCAUCCUGCGCUUCUUGUGAUUAGCUCUUCUGCUAUAAGAUCCCUGGAACUUCUAAGGGAGUUGAGACCUUUUACUAGAGAAUGCCCUGCUGCAAAGCUUUUCUCUAAGCACAUGAAGAUUGAAGAGCAGGUGUCCGUUCUGAAGAACCGUGUUAAUAUUGCUAGUGGUACACCUAGCAGGAUCAAGAAAUUGAUUGAUAUGGAGGCACUAGGCUUGUCGCGGUUAUCUGUCCUUGUGCUGGAUAUGCAAAUGGAUGUCAAGGGCUAUUCACUGCUAACACUUCCUCAAGUCAGAGAUGAGAUGUGGGAUUUGUACAAGAGCUAUUUUCAUGAGAAAGUACUGGAGGGUACCCUGCGUAUGUGCCUCUUUGGACCAUUACCAAAGAUAUCCGAGGCCAGAAAGGUUGAUGAUGAGUGAUGACUCAUUCUGAUACAACUGUUGCGAGGAUGCUAGUGGGCAAUAAAUGUGACCUGAACAACAUAAGGGCUGUAAGUGUUGAGGAGGGGAGAAGCAUUGCAGAAGCUGAAGGGAUGUUCUUUAUGGAGACGUCCGCGCUAGAUUCCACAAACGUAAAACAGGCUUUUGAGAUUGUUAUCCGCGAGAUAUAUAACAAUGUUAGCAGAAAGGUUUUGAACUCUGAUUCGUAUAAAGCAGAGUUAUCUGUCAAUAGAGUCAGCCUUGGUCAUAAUAAUAGUAAUGGAUAUGAUGAUGAUGGAUUGAAGCAGAACAAGAACAAGGCUUAUUCUUGUUGUUCUAGGUAGUUAACUGUUUGUCCAAGAAAAAGGUUUUUCGUUUGUUUGACUGUUUGGUGUUUCUGUAAUUUAUUGGUUUGUUUUAAAAUACCAGCAAUUUGUCAAUCACAUUU